AUGGCCACGACAGGCGUGUCCAUCACGCCUGCGCCGGCCUCUGCCGCACCACCACUGGCUCUCGCUCCGGCUCCUGCGCUGGCUGCUCGACCCUCUGUAGCCCCGUCGCCUGGACCUGGCACGCCCGGGUCCAUCACCUCCAAGGAAUGGGUGAUCCCACCCCGUCCAAAGCCUGGCCGCAAGCCAGCAACGGAUACUCCCCCAACAAAACGCAAGGCCCAGAACCGAGCAGCCCAGCGAGCUUUCCGAGAAAGACGGGCCGCCCGAGUCCAGGAACUGGAAGAGCAGAUCAAAGAGAUCGAAGAUGGCCAUGACAUCCGCGUGGCAACGUUGAAUGAACAGAUCACCAACCUUUCUCGUGAGGUUGAACAGUGCCGUGAGGAGAUGGGCUGGUGGCGCGACCGGUGCCAUUCCCUAGAGAAGGAGGUCUCUAUCGAACGCAGUGCGAAAGAGGCACUCGUGAAGGAAUUCCGUUCGUCUCUCUCCGGCUCUAACUGCAAUAAAUCCUCCAUCACUUCGGACUCUGUUCCUCUUCCACCUCGCACUCGCCCGUCUACCCGGCGUUCCCGAAUGGAAGAUGUUGUGCCUACCAGCGUCGACCGCAACAAGGAAGACGGUCAGGCAAAUGUACCUUUGGGCUGCACCAAUUGCUCCUCGGCGCACUGCCAAUGCAUCGAGGACGCCUUCUCAAUGCCUAUUGAUACUCACGAGUCCUCUCGUUCCCGACAUCCUCCUCACGGCGUUGGAAGCCCGAUUCGUGAGACCUCGGAUCCUCAAAUCAAACCUGACCCGGAAGAGAUGGAGAUUGACUUCACGUCCCGGUUCGCCGGUGUUCCCGCUCAAUCGAGCUCCAACAACCACAAUAACAAUGUCUCCUCUCCACCUGUCGACCCCUGCGGAUUCUGCCAGGACGGCACUCCGUGCAUCUGCGCUGAAAUGGCCGCUCAGGAACAGCAACGCAGCAGCCGCAACACCUUUGAGACCAACCGCCUGGCUCCCAUUCAAUCUAUCUCUCAGUUCACCCCGCCCCCAUCCGAUGGCGACGUGCGGUCUGAAGUGACUCUCCCGUCGAUCAGCCAAGCGACGAACCCGUGUGCCAAUGGACCCGGCACCUGCGCUCAGUGUCUCGCCGAUCCUCGGAGCACCCUUUUUUGCAAGACGCUGGCAGCCUCCCGGUCAGCGAGCGGAACUCCAUCGGGAGGAGGAUGCUGCGGUGGCAAGGGAGCCGACGGGGGUGCUGCAUCCCCCUACGCCCAAUGCGCUCACCCUGAGUUGUGCCGAUGCAUUCACAACUCUCUCUCGUCACCCAAAUUCUCUCGCGCCAGCGAUGAAAUCUCUAGCUGGCUGCCGAAGCUGCACACUCUCCCCAACCCGCGGGACUUGGCCUUAGCCGAGAGUCAUGGCAGUCGGGCUGCGAUGGAAGUCGAAGCUGCUAGUGUUAUGGGCGUGUUGCGAUAUUUCGACCGACGCUUUGCUGAGAAAUAA